UGUCCUGGGGGGCGGGGCUCUCCCGCUCCUUAGGGGGUUGUCUCUGGGGUCAACGAUUGGGGGAGAGUCCCCCAGGCUGGUUUGGGGGUAGGGCUCAAUAUUGGGAGAUCUCCCUUCCCCUGCCGGCAAGGGGGGGGGCGAGGGGUGUCUCAGGAGUUAGGGGCCUCCCCCCCCCCGGUCAGGGACUGAACAGCCGCCCUCCCUGGGGGGGUCUCUCCGCGCGGGCUGUGCCCCGGUGCUCGGGCAGCGCUGGGGCAGGGCGCGUUCUCCCAGCUCCCCCCACCGGGCCUGGGCAGGGAGCUUCGGGCCCGGCACAGGCUCAGCCUGGCACGCGGCCGCUUUUCCAAGAAGCUUGAGCCCCGCGCGCUGCCGUCCAGGCCCCGCCAGCCGAGCCCAGGAGGUGAGGGCGGCGCGCCCCGGCUCCGUAGGUCCCGAGCACUCCCGCAGCGGGUCGGAGCAGGCCGGCUCCCUCGCCUGCACCCCGCCAUGUCCGCCCUCGCCAAGGCCUCCGGCGCCCUCAAGUCGGUGGACUAUGAAGUGUUUGGCCGGGUGCAGGGUGUUUGUUUCAGAAUGUACACAGAAGAUGAAGCUAGGAAAAUGGGAGUAGUUGGCUGGGUUAAAAAUACCAGACAAGGGACUGUUACUGGCCAAGUUCAGGGCCCAGAAGAUAAAGUAAAUGCGAUAAAUACAGAGAUCUUACAAUUUAAAUACGCAACAUACAGACAAAGGGCAAGAGGGAGGAAGGAAGGCCUGGCUGAGUAAAGUUGGAAGUCCCAGUUCUCGCAUAGACCGAACCAACUUUUUUAAUGAGAAGGAGAUCUCCAGGCUUGAUUUCUCAGGAUUUAGCACGAGAUACUAAUGGAGGAAGAAAUCUUUAAGCACAAAAUUAUAAUGCUUCAGCUGCAUAGUAAUUUCUGUGCCUCCGUGAAAUAGCAUGACAGCACUUUUUUUAUGUCUGCUUCUUACUAAAGUAUAAAAAUACCCCUUUUACAUAAUGUAGGGCUGUCAGUUACUGUAUCAGAAAUUUCACAAUGUGAAUCUUUACCAACAUUGCCAAUCUGUAUAGAAUUUACUUAGAAGGAAGUAUAAAAAAAUCAAUAAAAAUAUACAAAAUCAGAAAAUUCUAGUGCACAGUGAAAUUUGUAAGACAUGAUCAUAAAGAACCUAGUCUUUGCCCAAUAUUUGAUUUAUAUAGAUUAAAAAACAAACAAUUAAAAAACAACUUACAUUUCACUGUGACAUAAUUAAAAAUGUUUAACUACUUUAAGUAAUCUUUAAACAGGAUCACAGCAACAUUCAGUAGUAUAUCCUAUAUGCUAUGAAUUGUAAACUUCUCUUGUAUUAUUUGUAAUAAUUAGUUAAUGCUGUAGCAAGUGUUCUAAAAUAAAUGUAUUUUGCCUUAUAAAAUGUACCCAGCCAAGUCUGAUUAAAAACUUUCCAUAAUGAUGUCUGGGUAGCUCAAGAUAAGGGAUUUAGAGAUAUAUAGUCUUUCAUAGAUCUUUUGUCCAAUCCCAGCCAGGAUCAAUGUUGACUAAGUUACUUCCAUCUGAUUUCUUCAUGGUGACCUAUAUGAUAUGAGUUGAUGGCUUUAGUCUCAUAGCUAAUGGCCAGGCAUUUGCAUCACAAAAAUCACCACUAACUAGGGUUAUCACUUAAGACCUGAUCCUGCACAGACUUAACCAAGUAUGUCAUAUUGAGCACCGGUAGUCCCACUGAAGUGAAUGCUUAAAGUUAAGCACUUGGAUAAGUCUUUUUUGAUAUUUAAGGCAAAGAGGCCAAGAAAUACAUCAUUACAGAGGCUGAACUUCCUCAAUCCUAGAUAUGGUCCUGCCAAAUCAGGAGUAAAGCAUACUGGCAGGCUUUGUGUGGAAACUUACACUGCCAUCUCCACUGGCUGAUCCAUACAUGUUCUAGAGAUAUAUAGAUACAGAUAGGACUGACUAGUCCUGAUGGCAUUGAUACACCACCAUCCUCAAGCAUUAAAUUCAUUUUUUAAAUUUCAUAACACAGCAUAUUUGAGAUUGGCUAUCACGUGAACCACAAGAUGUAUAUAGAACUUUGUAUUUCUGCUGACAACCAGAUUUAUUUUCACUGGGUCUUUUGUACAUAAGUCUCUGAAGAUUUCAUUCUCGUAUUACAAGAGUUAUUUAUAGAUUAUUAUUGUUCAAACUACACACGGCUUUUGUAAUUAUCCACAAGCACUCUUUGUUGAAGUCAUAAUGAAUAAUCCUUGUUCAAUUCAAACUGUAAAUGGCAAAGACCAAGUGUAAUAUCAGUUCAACAGCUGAAACAUCCUCUGUCUGAUGAGUAUAUCUUGCAUUUCCAAGGCCUAAAAGAUUUACAACUUCUAUGACAAUACCUAUUACACUGAUACACCACACAGGCCAAAGCAUUUUCAGCUGGAUUGCUUUAUUAUUGUGUUAAGUAAAGUUAUGGAGAGAAAGGCAGAGAGCAGAAAGGACAGUAGAUACACAUGGAAAUGAGCUAUAGUUGAAAUUAAGGUCCUGAUCCUGCAAUUGCAUCUGUCAAGGCUGAUUCCCCGCUCUGGCACUUCAAGUGCAGAAGUUGGGGGCCCGCAAGGACUCUAAAAAUUAAUUCUGGCCACUCCAGGCUUGUAUUAAAUUUCCAAGGUUACAGCUUUUCUCUGACCUUGGCUUGGUAGAUGCUGACACCACCCGAGUACAAAACCCCUUUGACAGUCCAGGAGGGCACACUUAGGAAUUCCUUCCUGUGGGGUACCCUCAAGUCCUUUCACACCCCCACCUCUGGGGAAGAGCUGAGAAGAAAAACAAAGGAAAUAAGCUGUUGCCACCAGCUAAUUAAACAACAUGUAUAUAAA